CACGCACACACGCCUCGCCAUAUAAAAGCCGCGGCUGCAGAUCUGAAAAAUCAUUCCCGCUUCACACAUCCUCCGAAGAUCACCGAUCCGGUCUACUAAUUAAUAAAAUAAAAAACAAAAAUGAAAUCGUUCGUAGCUAUUUCAGCCCUCCUGGCCGUCGCAUGCGCCGCACCACAAUUCUACUCACAAGGGCAGCAGAUCCCCAUCCUACGGCAGACACAGGACAUCAACCCUGACGGCUCAUAUCAGUGGAGCUACGAGACCGGCAACGGCAUCGCUGCGCAGGAGCAAGGCUACCUGAAGAAUGCUGGCAUCAAGGACGCGGAGGCGCAGGUCGCGCAGGGCUCCUUCGGUUACACCUCGCCCGAGGGCAUCCCCAUCUCACUCAGCUACAUCGCUGAUGAGAAUGGUUUCCGCGCUGAGGGCGCUCACCUGCCCACUCCUCCUCCGAUCCCUGAGGCCAUCCUCCGUUCUCUCGAGUACAUCGCCAGUGCUCCGCAACAACCCCAACCCUUCAGAGGUUAGGGCCACACCACACCACGACUAAGGCGCCCUCUAUAAAUAGAUACUCAACUCUAUAAAUAGAUACAGUAAAGUCUACUGUGUAACUUUAGAGUUACUUACUCUAACUUUAUAAUUGUUACUGUGAUUUUUUUUUAUUUGUAAGAAAAUGAGAUUAUUGAUUUAGUUUAAGUUUGUGAGGGAAUAAACGACAAUACUUCAUAUUUU